AAAGAAGACGCAGCAAUGAGUCUCUCUGAUAAGGACAAGGCUGUUGUGAAGGCCCUAUGGGCUAAGAUCAGCUCCAAAUCCGAUGAAAUCGGCGCGGAAGCCCUCGGCAGAAUGCUGACCGUCUACCCUCAGACCAAGAUCUACUUCUCUCACUGGGCUGACCUGAGCCCUGGGUCUGCUCCUGUGAAGAAGCAUGGCAAGCUUAUCAUGGGAGCAAUCGGCGAUGCCAUUUCAAAAAUAGACGACCUUUUGGGAGGUCUGAUGGCCCUG